AGUUAAGGGAAAGGGACCUUUCUUCUUUCCUCUGAUUUUCUUAUUCUCGGAUUCUCUCUUCAUCUCCCACUUCUCAAAACCCUAAUUAUAUUUUUUUUAUUUCCCAUUUUGAUUCAGCAAUCGAAGCUUGCCAAUGGCCAACAGUAAUCUUCCUCGAAGAAUCAUCAAGGAAACUCAGCGUCUCCUCAGUGAACCUGCUCCGGGAAUUAGUGCUUCACCAUCAGAGGAUAAUAUGCGAUAUUUCAAUGUGAUGAUCCUUGGUCCCACACAGUCUCCAUAUGAAGGAGGGGUUUUCAAGUUGGAACUAUUUUUGCCUGAAGAAUAUCCCAUGGCUGCUCCCAAGGUUCGAUUUCUUACAAAGAUAUAUCAUCCUAACAUUGAUAAGCUUGGGAGAAUAUGCCUCGAUAUUCUCAAGGACAAAUGGAGUCCAGCUCUGCAGAUACGAACUGUACUUUUAAGCAUCCAGGCACUCUUGAGUGCUCCAAAUCCAGAUGAUCCACUCUCCGAGAAUAUUGCUAAGCACUGGAAAUCAAACGAGGCUGAAGCUGUUGAGACAGCAAAGGAAUGGACGCGUUUAUAUGCAAGCGGUGCAUGAAGACCAGUGGAACCGUUUGCUCUCAUAAAAUAACAUUUUUAUGCAAUGUAAGCUAUUCAAUGUCAAUUUCAUAUGGAAAUCUGGACGAAUGACAGUUUGAAAGAGUUUGAUAUUUGCAAAAAAAAAAAAAAAAGCUUCCAGGUGCUACCCUUUUAAUUGUAAUUCGGUCGGAAGCAAUCUCUAAGCUUGUAUGAUAAUACACAUGGUUCUCUAAAACUCCCAAAGGCUUCAACUAUGGGAUUAUUCUCAAAUAUGGUGAUUUCAGAUUCUGGUUAUCUGUGUGUGUGUAAUGAAUCUAUCAACUGGAAAUGAAAGAAUGGAUUGAUUAAA